AUGCCCACCCUCGGCUCCGGUGUCAGCCAUUGGAACAACAUCGACGACUCGCGAUGGGUUCUCGAACGAGCGAUGGUGGACACCCACCCCAUCACCUCCCCCUCGCAUGAGCCCGGUGUCAUGAUCAGCUACAUCUCCUGUCCUCCGAAAGACGCCGAAUCGAAAGGAACAGUCCUCCUCAUACACGGCUUCCCCCAGACGAGCUAUCAGUUCCGCCGAGUCAUCACGCCGAUCGCAGACGCGGGCUAUCAUGUCAUUGCGCCAGACUAUAGAGGAGCCGGGCAGUCGAGCAAACCAUGGGAUGGAUACACAAAGAUGGCAAUGGCGGAAGAUCUACACACAUUACUCCGGAUAAUAGGCGUGCGAGGCAAGGUCCACGUUGUGGGACACGAGAUUGGUAUGUCUGUUCAGCCGCUGUGAGAGGUCCGUAGCGCGAUUCUAACGGCAAGCAGGUGGCAUGAUCGCUCACGCCUAUGCCAUGCAGUUUCCACAAGACACGACCAGUGUUGCCUGGGGUGAGUGCCCUCUGCCCGGCACCGCCUUCUACGACGAGACGAAGCAUACACUCCCGUUGUGGCACUUCACCUUCCAUAACGUGCCCGACCUACCAGAAGCUCUCGUGACAGGGCGGGAGAGAAUCUAUCUCAAGCACUUCUUCGAUCGACUGGCACAGAAUUCAAACGCGAUCAGCCCUCACGAUCUCGACGUCUACACCAACGCAUACUCCGCGCCAGGGGCAUUAAGAGCUGGAUUCAACGUCUAUCGGACGCUCGAGCAAGAUAAGCUGGACAAUUUGGAGUGGCUCCAAGCGCGAGGGAAGAGCCAAGUACCAUGCCUUGCUCUGUGGGGAGGAAGAAGCUUCGCGGAUCUGGAUACCGCAAGAAAGAUGUGUGGGCAAUUCUAUGAUGACCUCGUGUAUGCGAAAACAGUUCCCAGCGCAGGCCACUGGAUAGCUGAAGAGCAGCCUGCUGCUUUCGUGAAGACAUUGGUGGGAUGGUUCGAAAUGUUCAAGUGA